CAGUCUUGCACAGGAGUGCCGGCUCCUCCCCUUCAGUCUUGCACAGGCGUAUCGGCUCCUCCCCUUCAGUCUUGCACAGGCGUACUGGUUCCUCCCCUUCAGUCUUGCACAGGCGUAUCGGCUCCUCCCCUUCAGUCUUGCACAGGUGUACUGGCUCCUCCCCUUCAGUCUUGCACAGGUGUACUGGCUCCUCCCCUUCAGUCUUGCACAGGUGUACCGGCUCCUCCCCUUCAGUCUUGCAUAGAUACCCCAUGUCACUUUCUUGCAGCACCUGCAGAUUUUGAGGGGCUGUAAUUCACCUUUAGCUUUGCUUUGGAGGUAUUGCAG